UGGCAUUUUUGUUAUUCCCAAUCAACUGAAUGGCACUCUACCAGAAUAACAAUCACUACAUCUUAAACUCUCUUCAUUCAACCUUCCACCCCUUACAACAAAUCACACGAAUUCCCUGUUUUACCCUCGAAAUCAUACUCAAUUUUCAAAUCUUACCCCACACUGAAAAAACACUUCUUUCUUUCUUCUCUCUCGUUUCUCGUUAACCUUCCAUGGAGCUAACCAUGGCGAAACACGGUCUCCUAAGAAACAUCAUCGUCCGCGUGUUCUCCUUCGCCGUUCUCAUCUUCGCCGCACGCUUCGCCAUCAUCGUCACCGUCCGCGGCGGAUCCUGCGACUCUUCCGACUUCUGUUUCUUCUCCGAAAAUCUCAACCUCACCGCUCCCUCUCAUCUCGCCGGAGAUACAUUUUCCGGCAAGAAUUGGCGCCGCUCCGUUGAAUACUACGCCGCUAGCUUCCAGGAUCUGAUCGCCGAGGGUUUUCUCUCAACGAAUUCUAAAGCCUUAUGUAUCGAUACUCCCACCGGAGAAGAUGUAUUAGCGUUGAAAGAAAUCGGCGUGGUUGAUUCCGUCGGGAUUUUCAAGAAACCGUCACCGCCGUUGAUCGUUUACGGAGAUGGUCACCGGCAGCCUUUCCUAAAAGACUCCUUCGACUUCGAAUUCUCCGGGAACGGCGGGUUAGAAGAAUCCUCUAAACCGGCGGAGUUCGCCGCGGAAAUCUCCCGGACUCUCCGACCCGGCGGAUUCUUGGCUGUUCAUACGGCGGCUAGAGACGCUUACAGCUUCAAUUCGUUUCUUGAAUUAUUCAAUUGCUGUGAAUUGAUCAGAACAAGAGAGAUCAACGGUGUUGAUUCAUCGACAAUUCUCGAGAUUUUGAUGAAAAAGAAAACCCUAAUUUCAGCCCCAAAUGGAAACUCAGUGAAAAAGUGUUCUAUUCCAAGGUACAAACGUGAAAUAGUGAAAACUGCAGAAACAUUGAUUAUUGAAGAACCAUUGAAACCAUGGAUUGCACUGAAAAGAAACUUGAAGAACAUAAAGUACUUAACUUCAUUGGUUGAUAUAAGUUUCAAGCGAAACUACGUGUAUGUCGAUAUCGGAUCUAGAAGCUAUGGAUCAAGCAUUGGAAGCUGGUUCAAGAAACAAUACCCGAAACAGAACAAAACGUUCGAGGUUUAUGCGAUUGAAGCCGAUAAAGCCUUUCAUGAAGAGUAUAGAGCAAGAAAAGGUGUAACUUUGUUACCCUAUGCAGCUUGGGUAAGGAAUGAGACAUUGUUCUUUGAGAUUACGAGAGACCCGAGUAAGAAAAUCACGAUGAAUGGACGAGGGAUGGGGAGGAUUAACCCGGUUCAGACAUCGUCGAGCCAUAUGGGCGAUAAGGAUAAGAUUCAAGGGUUUGAUUUGGCAGAUUGGUUGAAGAGUGUUGUUACGAGUAAGGAUUUUGUGGUUGUGAAGAUGGAUGUGGAAGGAAGUGAGUUUCAUUUGAUACCUAGGUUGAUUCAAACUGGGGCAAUUUGUUUGAUUGAUGAGCUUUUUCUUGAGUGUCAUUAUAAUAGGUGGCAGAGAUGUUGUCCUGGGAAGAGAAGUGCGAAGUUUCAGAAAACGUAUUCGGAGUGUUUGGAUUUGUUUACUUCACUCAGAAAUAUUGGAGUUCUUGUUCAUCAAUGGUGGUGAUAAUCCAUAAUCCAUAGAACAAACUUAUGUUGUGUGUAUAUUUUUUCUGCAUGUUUUUGUCACAUUUUUUGUAUAGGGUGUUAUAAGAUUAAAUUGAUUCUUUUGUAGAUACUUUUUUAGGCAAUUGUUAAUAUCAAUACAAAUGAAGAGUUUAAUGAU